AUGACCACAAACGGCCCAACUCUGACCAUCGCUGACGCCGUCGAUGAAGCCCAGAGCACUGCAUCAAUUGUAGCUGUGUCCAGUUGCAAACUCCCGCAGUUCUGGUCCAUCCAGCCUCGUUUGUGGUUUGUUCAGGUUGAAGCAGUGUUACAGGUGGCCCGUAUCACAAAUGACGCAUCACGUUACAAUCAAAUCGUUAGUGCCUUGGACCCUGAUGCAAUGUUACAGCUAGCGGACUUCCUGCAGAAUCCACCAGGGACCGACAAGUACGCGAAGCUAAAGGACGAGAUAUUGAAGCGGUUCUCAGAAUCCAGCGACCGCCAGCUUCACCGAGCGCUUACGGAGAUCUCGAAGGAGGAUGUCUCAUCGAUACAACCUCGUCAUGCACAACUCAGGGCAACUACUGGUGCACUUGACGCCAAAUACCUGCAAUUACUCAACCAAUUCAUAGACAUAACUCAUCCCAGCACCAAUCCUGUCACAGCCACUGACAGUCAAGUCGCUCAUCACAUUGAGACAACUGGGCCACCAGUAUUUGAGCGCCCACGACGUCUCACCGGCGAGAAACUACAAAUAGCUUGUUUAGGCCAGUGCCUAAUUUCUUUUUUACCAACCUUAACACGAGAGAAGAAAGACGACUUCCACCGACCAUCAUCACCAUCAUCACCAUUGUCACCAUUAUCGCUAUCAUCACCAUUAUCAAGGUAA